UCUAUGUGCAGCUCAGGCAGGUUGGCCAGCUUCUACAGGUUCCUGAGAAUUACAGCCGGGAGCUGGGUAGGAAGAAAGCAGUUUCUGGAAGAUGCGUCCAGUUACUGCAGGCAUCUUCAAGGCACUACUGUUUAUUUUCUCCUCCCUGUGCGCCUGGUAUUCUGGGUACCUGCUGGCGGAGCUCAUUCCUGACGUGCCCCUCUCCAACACUCUCUACAACAUCCGAAGCAUUGGAGAGAGACCUGUUCUCAAAGCCCCAGUCCCCAAAAGACAAAAAUGUGACCAUUGGUCCCCAUGUCCUCCUGACACCUAUGCCUACCGGCUGCUCAGCGGUGGUGGCCUAGACAAGUAUGCCAAGAUCUGCUUUGAGGAUGAAAUGCUAUUAGGAGAGAAGACGGGGAAUGUGGCAAGAGGGAUAAACAUCGCUGUUGUUGACUAUGAGACGGGGAAAGUAAUAUCGACAAAGUACUUUGACAUGUACGAAGGUGAUAACUCUGGGCCAAUGACCAAGUUUAUUCAGAGCACCCCUUCGAAAUCCCUGCUGUUCAUGGUGACGCAUGAUGACGGAAGCCACAAACUGCAGGCUCAAGCAAAGGAUGCCAUAGAAGCCCUUGGAAGCAAAGAAAUCAAGAACAUAAAGUUCAGAUCAAGCUGGGUGUUUGUUGCAGCAAAGGGCUUUGAGCUCCCUGCAGAAAUGGAGAGAGAAAAAAUCAACCACUCAGAUCAAUCCAGGAACAGAUACUCCGGCUGGCCAGCAGAGAUCCAGAUCGAAGGAUGCAUACCCAAGGGGCUGAGAUAACGGCGCGUGGACCUCAGUAGACCUGUUUCGUACAGAUGUGCUCAGCUGGAACAUCACAGGAUUCUGUUCCUUCGAGUCCAGCUGUGAAGGAAAGGGCUGAUGUGGAUUUGCAGUUUGUUGUAAACAAUAAGACAUUGUUGGUGACACUGACUCUUAGCAGCUGAUGUUAUCUCACUGCCGUCCGUACGGUGAAGGAAUUCUCAAGCCAGGACAACAGGCAGAAGGGAGUCAUUUUGGGGAUGGGGAUGGAUGGAGGGUGGAAAGAAGCAAAACUGCUUGCUGGCUGCUGAGCUUGUUCUACUCAUGUCGACGUCAGGCCACUGUCACAGGUCUCCACAGCUCUUCAGAGUGAGCUCUUAUCCCACUGUCAUGUGGGACACCCUUGUUCCCGCCAUUUAUCUUCUGGGGAAUGAAUGAGGCCUUAACCAUCA